AUGGAAUAUGCCUCACUCAGCUGGAUGAGUGCCUCACCAACACAUCUUGGCCUACUCGACAACAUCCAGAAGAAGGCCCUAAAGAUUAUAGGAGAGGACCAGGACACUGCCAGCACAAAACUCUCCAUCCCCAGCCUUGGCCACAGAAAACAGGUGGUUUGUAAGAGAUCUCGUAAUCCACCCAGUGAGGUGAAACUCAGCACCAGGUGGGUUAAUCUGGUGAGAAUGUUUGAGCUCGGGAGUCGACUGGCCCACAUGUACCUCUCGUCAGGGCCUGGAGAACCCACCGGUUCUUUAAAGAACAGCAGCGUAUCGGCUUCUCCUGCUGGUGUGGAGCUGGCAAAAACAAAAGAGGAAAAAAACAAAGAGGAGAAGAUUCCUAACUUAGAAGAACUUCUGCAACAUAUUCGGAGGCUCAGUGGGCUGAAGAAAGAAGACGUGUUCUGUAACCUGCGUGUCCCAAAUCAGUUUCAGACAUCACGACAGGAGAUCAACCUCAUCAUCCUCUCAGGUGCUGGUGUAUACUGUAUGGACGUAAAGCCAUGGAGGGGCGUGGUUUCUGCUCCUGCUCCCAACGCAUGGCACAUCCAGGUGAAAGAAGAGGAGCAGAACUUCACUAACACAUCCAUCCAGCAGAUCCCCGACCCCCUGCAGUCCAUCACGAUGAAGACCAGAGACCUGUGCAGCUACAUGCAGCAGUGUGGCGUGAACAUCAAGCCCACAUUGUUUUUACCCAGAAUCCUCUUCCUCUCACCGCACUGUCACCUGGAUAUGGAGCUGAGGAAAAGGAAGGACCUGGUCUCUCACGGUGACAUGGAGAUGUUUCUGUGCUCACUCAGGGAGGGUUACAUCACCUGGAUCCGAGAUACCAUCACACCCUCAUGGAUCUCGGGUCACCUGUCAUUCAGGCAGAUGGGGGCGGUGCGAGACGUGCUGGGACGGUUGGGGACGUGGGACGUGGUGCAGCUGAGGGGCGGCACUGAGCUGAAGGGCGAUUUUCAGGGUUGCCAGCACCUCGCCCUCGACAGACAGGAAACGGACGUGCUCGAGUUCAGCAGGGGGUGGAGCCUAGGUACUGAGACACUGUGGGCUCUGCUGGGACACACUCCACAGGUGACGGUGAGGAUGUACAAGCGUGGAGCUCACAGCUGGUUGGGAAAACCUCUCAGCGGGAUGGCUACCAUCCCAUCCAACACGCACAUCAUGUUUCGCAUCAGCGGCGACGACAAAGACGCCAAGAUCCCAGCUAACAGUAUCCACACCAUCACACUUAGCAUCUAGAGAGAGAGAGAGAGAGAGAGAGAGGUAAACUCUCCAGGUAAACGUUAGUAAACGUAACGUCUUUACGUGAUUCUGAAUGAACUCUUGAAUGUAUUUGAAGUGAUUAGUCAGGUAGGCAGGACGCUAUACUCUCCUGUCUUGUUCUAUAUUUCUGAGAAAAUGUCUUAUUUGCCAAAGUGGUGGUGGUGAUGAUGAUGAUGAUUGUUAACAUUUGUACUGAUUUGUAAGAAUUCCCAGCCUUGACACACUCAACACUCAUAGAUAUAAAAAUUGCCAGAAGUGGUUCUCCAAAGCAACCAUUGUUUCCAUUCAGAACCCUUCAGUCCACUGUUUGUGUUUCAUAAGAACAAGCUUUGUAUUAAAGUAAUGGCACCCUCGACUUCCACACUUACCCCUUUUCCACCAACAGGAAGCUGGUUUAGGCACCAAAUUUUUAUCCGUUCACAGCGUUUCGACCAAAAAUUUAUCACUUCGGAACCUGAAAAGUUGUUUCUCAACUGAAACCAAAAUAUAGCGUUUUUUUUGUUGUUGUUUUCCCAGCACGAACUGUGAUGACAUGAAUGGACGUGUCAUUAGUUUGGAGAGGAAGCAGAGUGCAG